CUCCGAUGAUACUGUAAAAAAUAUAACCGUCGUUCGCCGUUACUGGAAUAUUGGGGUCCCUGCUCCGAUGUAAUUUUUGAUAUCAAUUAAUCGUUCCAUAUUCGGUUAAUAAAUCUGUCGACAUUAAUCCAGACUUUUCUGGCUCACCCUUACCACAUCCCCACCCUCGUGUGACACCCCACUCCGCCCUUACAGCCCGACAUGCUGCAAUGACUUGUCAAGGUAUAAAUAAAGCACACACAAAGGAACGUAGACCCAAUCAAGUACAACUUGCCGAACUAUACGCAACAUCUGAAUUCCAUAUCAUCACGCGUGAUACUAUAGAGAUGGAGAUCGUAUCGUGGACGGUUAUUCUACAAUUGACGGUAUUUCUCUUACCGAAUAUUUCUCUGUUAUCAAACGGAUGUAAUCAGGCGAUAUGUGGCAGUAUCGUGAGCAAAUGUCUGCUGACCGAAAGUUGCAAAUGCGAUUUGAAGACCUGCAGUUGUUGCAAGGAGUGUUUUUUCUGUCUCAGUUAUUUGUACGACGAGUGCUGUUCGUGCCUAGAUUUGUGUCCGAAACCAAACGCUACCGCUAGAAAUCCUCUGAGUUCAAAAUCGCACGUCGAAGAUCUGAACGAACCGGUGCCGGGACUAUUUCAAGCACUUACCAUGGAUAGCGACCCUCAGGAGAGGUGGAAGAGCUUCACCUUCCCCGUUGACUUCGACGUGUCUUCGUACAAAGCGAAAAUCGACAUCAAAUAUCACCUGAAUUCCGCAGACGAACGGAACAGCGUUUCCGGACUCGCGCAAGCGAAUACGGUGACCUUGAAUUGCACGGUGGCAUUUAUAGCGCAGUGUAGCUCGUGGAACAAAUGUCAAGCAUCUUGUCAAAGUAUGGGAGCAACGAGUUACAGAUGGUUUCACGACGGAUGCUGCGAGUGCGUCGGUGACACCUGCAUAAAUUAUGGGAUAAACGAAUCACGGUGUAAACUUUGUCCGUUCAACAGUAAAGAUAACUUGGAUAAAGAGGAGGACGCUCUCGACGAGUACGACGACUACGGGCAGGAGGACGACGACGACGGGGACGCCGCCGACUUUGUGGAAGAUUAUAUUUUGGAUUAACCAGAUAUACACGAUCACCAUUUUUCAGAAACUACGCUAAUGACUUUGCCCCGGGGGUGCGAACAAAAAAAUAUCGUCGAAUAAAUUAUUCGGCCAACUGAUUUCUGACAAGCAAUUGUACUGAAUAUGAGACGAACGAGUGCGAAUGAAAAUGUCUUGCCCGAUUCGUUCAGGAUUGUAAAUAUGUGUAAUUAAGCGACAAUCGUGUAUCACGAGUAAAUCUGUACAUACAUUUUAAGCACACGUUAUUCGUGUUGAAAUUGUGAUAUUUAUCAUGUACGUUGUUUUUUCGUCUUAUGUAAUUUUCGAUAAAAAAAAUCUGUCAAAUUCUUGUCACGAUUGUGAAAA